AAGAGUCGCAGAGCAGAGGAAACAAAGCGAGAGCGAGGUCGAGGUCGAAGGGCUGGUGCUACUCGAUCGUCGAUCGACUGACCUUUUGUGUUUUGAUCUCGGAUCUCCCAUGGCGGGUGCGGGUCUUGUUCCGCAGGCCAUUGUGCUCGCCCUCGGCGCCGGUGCGUUGGGCGGCGCCGACGCACUGCGCCUCCUGCUCCAGUUCGCGGGGCGGAUCAGCCCCGCCGUGGACCUCGCCAUCUGCAUCGUCGUCAUCAGCCUUCUCACCGCCCCGCUUCUCGGCACCAUGCUGCUGGCGCGCUUCGUCCGCAAGGCCGGCCCGGGCGGUGGCGGUGCCACUGCCACGCCGGCCACGGACCUCUUCGCCCGGAUGACCGCGACGGUGUCCGUCGGCGCCGCCCUCCUCGUCACCGCGUGCCUCCUCCUCCUCGUGCCCGGCGGCGCCGUCCGCCUCCCGAUCGACUUCGCCGUCGUCGUCAAGAACCUGGUCUUGGUCACCGCCGUCCUCGCCAUCUGCGCCGCCUUCGCCUUCGCCGCCGCCGGUUACCUUCCGGUUCCGGGCGCCGUGCAUCUGCGGGCCCGCCGCUUCUUCCGCAGGGCGGACAGCGUAGGCAGGCCCGCGCCUGCUGCGCCCGCCACGGCGAUCAAGAUCGUUGUGGUGUUCCUGGUCGCCGUGUCGUCGUCUCUCGUCGCGUCCGGCGGAUUUGACGCGCACGCGCGGCUCCUCGUUCCCGAAUUCCACUGGCGGCGGAGGCGCCGCAUGGUCACCAUGCCCGUCGGGGUCGCAGUCGUUACGGUCGCUGGCAUCACGCUUCUUGUCCGGUGCUCACGCAGGGGCGCGUAAUGCUGCCGGCGCCGCUGCUCGGACAAGCUCACGCCCGUGGCGUCGCCAUCGCCCAUCGUCACCGUCUCCUGCUGUCUCCUUGUCGCUGUCGCGUAUGGGCGGCCCGAACUCCAAUUGACCAUGCAUGUCUUGCUUACAGUAGUAGUAUGAUACCCGUGUAAUAUACUAUAUUAGUAUAUACGUACUCCGGUACGCUAGUAGCUUUCUAUUCAGGUACGCUAGUAUACUAGUACAGUAGUACCUCAGCAGCUUCUCGAGGACUUCGAUUUGACAAGAAUUGGGACUUGUUUAGUUUCCAAAAAAUUUUGCAAAAUUUUUCAGAUUCUCCGUCA